GCAGCAGCAGCAUGCCUCCGCUCAGCAGGAAGGGCAAGGAGAAGGAGCGACAGAAGGCGGUGAAGGAGAUGGUUGCCGCUGCGGGGGCGAGUCGGAAGGAGUAAUCAAUCAAUCUUCUUCUUUGGGCGCCCCCACGCGGGGAAUGAACUGCAACGAAUCAAACUCGAAAAUGAAUGACUUCUUCUUCUCCUUAUAUUUUAUCUUAUGUACUUCCCGAUUUCCCCCUUUGCUUCUGUACCUAUUACUGUUCUGUUCUGUUCGGGUUCCUUUUCUUUUCUAUUCUUUUCUUGCUUGUAUAACUUUCCUACGUGCUUGCUUGCUCAUUCAUGUCCGUGUUCUUAUAUCAUUUGGGGGGUUGGUCGGUCGGGCUGGGUGGGGGAUGGGUUGAAGUCUAGGUGUUUUGCUUUUCUUUGCUUUUCUUUGCUUUGCUUUUUUUCUCUUUGGUUAGAUUUUCGUUUUUUUCCUAUUGUUUGCUUGCUUGCUUCCGCGAGAUGGUCUGGUCUGGUCUGUAAGGAUAGGAUAGAGGGAGUGUGUGGAUAGACCGUGAAGGGUGUGUGCGGGAUUGAAAUGA